CUGUUUUGACUUUUCAACAGCAACAGGCUUGCGCAAUGGCAAAUUCAUCUUUGAAAAUCAAUACAAAACUCUCAUAUUAUGAGCUUGAUGUUGAUAAUACCUUGAGUAGCAGUUUAUACUCUUGUAAUUCUCCAAAACUCCACAAGUUAUCAAACGUUUUUAUUGUGAAAAAGUGUUUAGCUAACCUAGGUACAAGGAACCAAUUCUUUUACUAUCAAAACAUUUUCUGUCAACAGAAGUUUUGCUGAAACUACGACAAAUAAUUUAAAAUCACCACAAAAUAUUGAAAGAGCUCACCUGUGAGCUUUACAGUUUUUUAUCAAGAUGAAGUGAAAUAUUGUUGUGAAACGCUUUCGAGUUUACCUCGAUCCGGAAUCAGUUACGUUGAUUUGAUCGAGUAUGCCCGAAGUGCAACCAUCGGUGAGCUGCGUGGGUGCCGGAGCCACCGCCCUGGUGACCCUAGGCGGGGGUGGAGCCGAGGGGGGCGCUGGUGCCUUGGUGGACUUGGAGCCUGACCUGUCCACAUUCGAGAACAAGACAGGCCUCGCCGAGGACAUGAAGUUUCUGGCGUCGAUGCCUGAGCUGUGUGACGUCACUUUCCUCGUCGGCGACACGCGUGAGCCGGUCUGCGCCGUCAAGGCUGUGCUGGCCGCAAGAAGCAGGGUGUUCCAGAAGAUGCUUUACCAAGCUCCCAGUCCGUCACGAAAGAAAGAACCGCCACCCAAAGAAAACAAACUACGGCUAUUUCUGAAACGGAGCAGUGAACCGCUGCUAAAUCUCCAAAAUGCGGCCGCUCAGCCGAGCUCCAACCAGCAUUUCACACUGAUUGUGGAGGAGUUUGAGCCUGACGUGUUUCGCCAGCUGAUUGAGUACAUUCAUACAGGGUGUGUCACGCUACAACCCAGGACUCUGUUAGGUGUGAUGAACGCAGCCGACUAUUAUGGGCUGGACGCACUGAGGCAUGCGUGCGCCGGUUUCGUGCAGUGCUGCAUCAAUGUGGACACUGUGUGUGCCCUGCUUGCCUCGGCCGAACGCUACAUACAGUACAAGUGUACUAAGUCCCUAGUGCAAAAGGUAUUGGAAUUCGUAGAUGAGCAUGGUAACGAGGUGCUGAACCUGGGAUCGUUCACUCUGCUCCCUCAGCACGUGGUCAGGUUGAUUUUGGCCCGGGAGGAGUUGAGAGCUGACGAAUUCACCAAGUUCCAGGCGGCUCUAAUGUGGAGCAAGAAGUACUGCGACAGCAAUCAGAACACAGUCCUCAAAGACGUGAUUGGCAACUUUUUGGAGUACAUCCAGUUCCAUAAGAUACCUGCCAACGUGUUGAUGAAAGAAGUGCAUCCGCUCGGUCUGGUGCCCUACUCCAUCAUCAUGAACGCUCUCGCCUAUCAGGCAGACCCAACAAGUGUCGAGCCCAGCAAGCUCUCCCCAAACAGAGUGAGACGCUCGGCGCAGGGUCGCAGCAUGUCGGUGCAGUCCUCGCUUGACCCAUACGGCAGCAACACCACUCUGUCAUCGUCCGGCUCCAAUCAGAGCUCCGAAAUGGCAGUAAAGGCAGCUGUCACACGAAGCAAGAGUACCAACAUGUAGAAAAUCGAGAUUUUUUU